GCCGCAGAACGACGCCAUGCGUGCAAACGCCACGCUCCUCUUCUUUCUGUACCUGCUGGGGGUCUUCACGUGGCGGCAGAUCUCGAAGGCCCCAAAGGUCCAGAGGGCGAUCCACGGCGCAUGCUUGGGGCCGGCCCUGCAGUGGUACACCCUGCUGCUCGUGGGCUGCGCGGCCAUGGCAUGGCGGACCCUGUACGAGCUCUUCGGGAGCUACUACGGGUUGGACAGCCUUGAGGUCAUGGACAACUUGGAACGGUCUUUUGCCGUGAGCAUAGACCACCUCCCGAAUUCCAACACCACCUUCGCGGACUUCAAGGCGCACCUCUCGAUGCCGACGGCACUCAAGCGGUUCAGCAUGCUCAGUAUCCUGGCUGGCGUCCCGGUGCUGGUGGUGGCCGCCAGCCAUGUUUUCGUCAAGUUUGCGUACCCAGGCAUGCGGAUCGUCGUGAGCAGGGAGGACGAGACGAGCGCGACGCCAUGGUGGCCCGCGCCCCGCAUGAACAGGCUCAUCACGAUCAUACUCAUGCCCGUCCUGCUCUCGGUGAUGUCGAUGCGCGGGUCGUGCCCAUCUGGGCCCUCACCACCGGGCAGGCGCACAACCACUUCCAGACCUCCUUCGACAGGGUCGAGAAGUGGGAGAUGGCCCUGUACCGCAUGGACCAGGAGGUGGGGCAGCUGUUCCAGUUCGUCAGCGUUUAUGCCUUUUGCCGCAUCUGCAGCUCCUUCCUGA